AUGGCCACAGGCACGACAGGCGCAAGAGUGCUCUCCAUGGCCUCCAUUCUGCGUCACAGAGCGUCGUUACCAACGCGAGCGAUCGCUCGGGUGCUGCUCGAAGCCGACGGAGGUCCGAUCGAGCACAACGCGCUGUGGAAGCUCGCCCGACGAGUGAAGCGUCUGGAAACGAAGGGUAACCCGGUUCACGCUACCCAAGACUCAGCGGCAACUGUCGAGGCGUCACCGGCACUCGCGGACAACGUGCGCACGACGACUCCUGCAACGCCGGUGCUCCGCAGUAAGACGCACUUUAAGAAAGUACUUUAUCAGAUGAAGCGCAUGCAGACUGUGGAAGUGCGUGCCGAACCUUUGACGGAAGCAAGGGAGUCAACAACUCGUCGUCAAUUUCUUGUUCGGCUGACUGACAAGGGCCUUCGAAAGUACACGCAAGAACUCGAUACCUUAUACAAGAACCAAAUCCUAGAGUAA